AUGAUGAUGAGAGGUUGCAGUUCUCUAAGUGAUGGACGCGUCUCAACAGAUCAGCAUAGAUCUAGUGUAGAUGAGAAGGAUAUGCAGAAGUGUAUAUUCCACGAGGAAGAACACACCGCAGAGGAGGAAAAUAUUGCCGUUCAUUCCAACACAAGAGAUCAAUCUACAAAAGAACAACAACAACAACAACAACAGGAUGAUGAUAAGGAAGAAUUAUUACGUACGAUUGGAAUUACAUUGCGGGAUGCCGCCGAGAGAGAAAUAAAGGCAGAGAUUGAACGGGAUAGUCGAGAUGGCACCGCCGCUAUUCCUCCACUACCGCCAUUAGGAUGGAAAGUCCAACAUCCAGCGGGAUCGAAUUAUUUUGUAAUGACUCAUACACUGUUGGGUGGGGUAAAGUCUGCGGAAUUGCAUGCACGGCGUUAUCAAAGUGUACAUGAUGUUUUUCUACAGGCCAUGAAAGAGAAACAAGGGAGAGAAGGGAAACAACGACACGAUACUACACAAACAACAUAUCCCUCAGGAAAUAGUACUGCAGGUGAUUCGAAUAAAUCCUACAGUAAUUCUACAAGAAUGACAGUUGGAUAUGAUAAAGGAAAUAAACGUUCUGCGGUACUACGAGAUAUGAUGGAUACAGAAGAACCAUCAGGCGUGAAAAGAGCAGAUGUGCAUCUGACGUUAUUUACACCUUUUCGCGUUUAUGAUCCUUCUUCACAUGAUCCCACGGUAAGCAUUUGUGAAUGGUCCUCCUUUGAUUUACUUGUUCGAAAGACUGUAGUCAAGAAUAGGAACAGGAAAAACAUGAACAGUAAUACUAAUAGUGGGAGUAGUAAUGGUAAUAGUAAUAAGGAUGAUGGAAGUAGGGUCGCGGAAAAUCCUCUGGAGUCUAUGGCCCAUUUAGUUGAAGAAAGUGGACUUUGUUUGUUUGUGCGUCUUGCCAGUGUAGACAGUGAAAUGCGAAUUCGCUCUGUGCAGUUACUUUCACGUCGUCAGGCACAAUCAUUAGAAGAACAUGUUUGUUUUGGAAAAGGUGAACCAAUAUUUCUCGAACUACUGCACAGUUACCGCCAGCCAAACAACACAACACGUCCUCUGCGGUCUGUACGCCGCUAUGAUGAUCCACUCACACUCACUCACUCAGAAGAAGUAAAGGCAAGAAGAGAUGGUAUUGAAGCCACCUCUAGUAUUGCUGCUGUUGCUGCCGCUAAUAAUAAUAAUAAUAGUGAUAAUAAUAAUAAUGUUAAUAAUAAUUAUGUUUCCUCAACUGCCGUAUCAUACGGUGAUGGAUAUGAACUGCUGGUGAAUUGCUUUGAUUCUGGCGGAGAGUACAGUCGUGCUUUGUGUUAUAAUGGACCAUGUGUAAGUGAACUGUCGAAGGAAAUGAUAGUUGCCCUGCAUGAGUAUUUACAAGGAGAUCUUGGUAUCUCUUCAGAGCUCUGUGAGUACGUCUGCCAAAUGCAGUUCUUCUUGGAACAGGAAGAGUACAUGUCUUGGUUGGGACGUGUACGACAUUUGGCUUCUGUUGUGUCACAAUAA